AGCCACGCACUACCUUCUGUUGCCUGGGAGAAAGUUGGAAGUGCUGCUUCGACUAGAGAAGAGUGCGGGACAUGUCUCAGUAGGAUCGGCAUCACCACAUCUUCUGGACUCUUCCUACGUCUAGCUCUACCCGUGCUGAGGGGAGCGUCUUCGCACAGCUACAGAAGAAAUCCUUCAACCAAACUUGGACAGAAUGGCAGACAAAGACACUGUGGAGAAGUUUCUGGACAACAACCCACAGUUUGCUAAGGAGUAUUAUGACAAGAAAGUCAAGGCAGAUGUGCUCACUGCUGCCUUCAACAACCAGGUCCAGGUCAAAGACCCAGCCUCUUACAAGGAUGUCACCACCAUGCAGGAGGCCGAGUUCAUAUUCGAGCUCAUAAAGGAGAUGCAGCAGAGCAACCCGAUGGAGAAAGCCCUGCAUAAGAUCCUCCAGAGGAUCGCCCUGCUGAUCCAGGCCGAUCGGUGCAGCUACUUCGGCUACAGGGCUCGUAACGGAACGCCGGAGCUGUCCACCAUCCUCUUCGAUGUGACGCACAACUCCUCGUACGAGAAAAAUAUAGUGAGCCCCGCUUUGGAGAUUGUUUUCCCCAUCGACAUGGGCAUUGUCGGAUUCACGGCGCACUCCAAGAAGCCUCAGAUUAUUCCUGAUGUGAAGAAGAAUUCUCAUUUCAGUGACUUUGUGGAUAAACAGACCAAAUACACCAGUAAAUGCAUGAUCACUGCUCCCAUCAUGAGUGGGAAGGAACCCAUCGGGGUUGUCAUGGCGCUCAACAAACAAGGUGCUGAUGAAUUCUCCAAGGCUGAUCAAGAGCUCUUCCAAAAAUAUGUGAACUUUGCCACCGUGGUUGUUCUCAACGCGCACACUGCUUACAUGUGGGACAUAGAGUCCAGAAAAAGCCAGGUGUUGCUGUGGUCAGCCAGCAAGGUUUUUGAAGAGCUGACGGAUAUUGAGAGGCAGUUUCACAAAGCCUUGUACACAGUGAGGACUUACAUCAAAUGUGAGAGAUACUCCGUCGGGCUACUGGACAUGACCAAAGAGAAGGAAUUCUUUGAUGAGUGGGGAAUCAAGCUCGGAGAGCAGGAGCCAUACAAGGGCCCCAAGACACCUGAUGGCAGAGAAAUCAACUUCUACAAGAUUAUUGACUACUUGCUGGAAGACAAAGAGGAGAUUAAAGUCAUCCCAGGCCCUCCUCCAGACCACUGGGCUCUGGUCAGCGGACUCCCAUCGUAUGUGGCUGAGAACGGAUUUAUCUGCAACAUGAUGAACGUCAAAGAUGACGAGUACUUCGCAUUUCAGAAAGAAGCGGUGGACGAGUCUGGGUGGAUGAUAAAGAACGUCCUCUCACUCCCUAUUGUCAACAAGAAAGAAGAAAUUGUUGGCGUCGCCACUUUUUACAACAGAAAAGAUGGCAAACCGUUCGACGAGAACGAUGAGCAGAUUACAGAAUCUCUGACCCAGUUCCUUGGCUGGUCAACUCUGAACAGUGACACUUACGACAAACUGAACAGGACAGAGUGGAGGAAAGAUGUUGCCCAGGAAAUGCUCAUGUACCAGACGAGGGCCACGCUAAAUGAUGUGCAGUCUAUUCUGAACACUCAGGAGAAGUUUGGCUCUGCACCAGAGGACUGUGACCAGAAGGAGAUGUACAAACUGCUGAGAACCAACAUCCCGGACGCCAAGAAGGUCGAGCUUCUUGAGUUCCGCUUCAGCGACUUCCCCCUGUCAUACUUUGAACUCGUCCAAUGUGGUAUCCGCUGCUUCUUUGAGCUGGGGGUCGUGGAGAAGUUCAAAGUCCCAGCGGAGAUCCUGACUCGAUGGAUGUACACUGUCCAAAGGGGAUACCGUGACAUCACCUACCACAACUGGAGGCACGGCUUCAACGUUGGACAAACCAUGUUCACUCUGCUGCUUACGGGUAAACUGAAGAAGUACUACUCCGAUCUUGAGGCCUUUGCCAUGGUUGCUGCUGGAUUCUGCCACGACAUCGACCACAGAGGAACCAACAAUCUCUACCAGACAAAGAGCGUAUCCCCACUGGCAAAACUGCACAGCUCCUCAAUACUGGAACGACAUCAUCUUGAGUAUAGUAAGACUCUCAUGGAGGAUGAGCACCUGAAUAUCUUCCAAAACCUUCAGAAGCGUCAGUUUGAAACUGUGCAGCAUCUGUUUGAAGUUUGCAUAAUUGCCACUGAUCUCGCCCUCUAUUUCAAGAAGAGAACCAUGUUCCAGAAAAUUGUUGAUUCUGUGGAGGUGAUUCCUGAUGAGAAAGAAAAGAUCAACUACAUCUCAAACAAUGCAACCAGGAAGGAAAUUAUCAUGGCCAUGAUGAUGACUGCUUGUGACCUGUCAGCCAUUACAAAGCCAUGGGAUGUUCAGAGCAAGGUUGCUCUGAUGGUGGCUGCAGAGUUCUGGGAGCAGGGAGACCUUGAAAGGACAGUUCUGGACCAGCAGCCAAUUCCAAUGAUGGACAGAAAUCACGCUGAUGAACUUCCCAAGAUGCAGUGUGGUUUCAUUGACUUUGUUUGCUCCUUUGUGUACAAGGAGUUCGCUCGAUUCCACAAAGAGAUCACCCCCAUGUUUGAGGGGUUGACCACGAACAGGGCAGAGUGGAGAGCUCUCGCGGACGUCCACGAGGCCAAGAUGAAGGCCAUCGAAGACGAGAAGAAAAGGCUGGAGGGCGGUGGAAACGACGAAGGCGGGAAGUCGAAGACGUGUGCCAUCUCCUAAAACGACGGGAACGCUAAAGCAUUCAUGGAUGUUUGUCUGGAUGUGCAUUUGUACAGUGUGUGUAUGGGCAUGUGUUCACAGAUGAGGUGACUUCAAUGUGUACAAUCUCUAAAUUAUUAUUUUUAUAUGUUGUAAUAUUUAGCUCAUGUAUCCUCUUUGACCAUUUGUAUGUAAGACUAUGGAAACAAUAGAGAACUGAAAUUAAGUGAACACCACUGAAUUGAAUCUAUAUGAAGAGUACAUAUGAGAAUUUUAUUUAAAUAUGUAUGUAUAAAGGAUGUUUAGCCACAUAAUUUGGCUUUGGACAGGGUAUGCAUAGAAGCGUUAGGCUGCAAUAUGAUGCACUAAUGUCCUUAUUUUCCAGUGAGGAAAAUUUCAAAAACUCAGUUACGGGCUGCUUUUUUAUUGUAGGCGGUGCUUUCAAAAGCAUAUGGGUGAGAGAUGUAAGAAGAUUUGACUGAAUUGGAUUUAGUUAUAAGCCAGCUCGAGCUCCAAGGCUUUCCAUUUUAAGUCCCCUGCUUACAUAAAGUAAAAAUACUGCCGUCCUGCUCAUAAGUCAGCCUGCCCAGAGUGUGCACGGUAUUUACAGGGGAGGUGUCAUGUUAAAUCACUGUGUAGCACGCUAUGUCCGAAAUCAGCAUUCAUAGACAAGAGACAUGGCUUUGAAAUAAUAUAAUAAUUGAGAUGAAAUGAAGUGUUUAUGGCAGGAGAGUUUUGCAUGCAACCUUUGUGAAGAAAUGUUUAUAUCAUCUAACUAUAGCUUUCGAUAAAUAACGAAUAAUGUGAAAUAGCAUCAUAUGUAAGAAGAUAAAGAAUGUAAAUAAAAUAUAUUUUCAAAUCA